UUUCUAGCUUCACACAAGCAAGAAUCAACAACAAAGGAGGUUGUCUACAGACAUCGACAAAACUAGGAUUUUAGUAACUACUACUAUAAUCUUCAACAGUCACGACACGUCAAGACACGUCUGAGAUGGGAAAGCACAAGAAAGAAAAAAAAACAGGAAAUUCAAGAAGAGAGAGCAUGAGGAAUAUGCUAAAAAAUGGGAAAGAAAAAGAAAACAAGAAAGGAGUUGUCCUCUUUCGCCAAUGUCUAGCAAAAAAAGGAGGCGAGUUCUACGAUCGCCCUCUUCAAGCUCUGAUUCAUCCAUUCAGCCAAGGGCCGAACUCGUUUUAUCCGGAGAAGAUUAUCUCGGGCGAUCCACCAAGUCUGAUGCAGAGGCCAUCCAAGAAAACGCAGACGAAAGAGGGGACUGGUGAUGAGACAGAAGACCGCAGACGUGCAGAGACCAUGCGGGAAUUUACACGGGAGUAUGGGAGAGGAGUGCGGCAAGCAAAUGUCCGAGCUAAGACAAAAGAGCUGACAGGAACCCUUCCAUACUCACUGAGUAUGCUGCCUGACCGGAUCGAAACGGGCUCAGACGACGUGCUAGACUUCGUAAGUGAAGCUCGAUCAACGGUCACAGUAAAUGACACCGGUGGAAGUACCAGGGUGCAGGUCUUGUACUACAAAGACGACAUCGUCGCCGUCAGACACGAUUACCGACGGAAAGCAUCUCCGUAUUGGCUCGCCGUUAUGGGGGAAGAAGUUUUGGUCAUCGCUGCAACUGGACGAUUCCAAAAGAACAGCGUAACUUUCAGAUGGCUCGAUCAGACUGAUGACCAUCUGAAAUAUACCUUCGACGAGGUAUGCAACGGCAAUUCCCCAGAUCUCUGCUGGCAAAAGUAGAAAGCCUCACCAUUGAUGACCAGACCGCAACCAUAACUCCCGAAGAAGACAUAAUAAUAAUUCAAGUUUAUUAACAUAUGACCUCUCUUAGUGUUUCGACUGAAUUACAGGUAGAGACAAAGCUAUACUAGCAGCAUUACAUUACAUUAAAGUACUUGUGCGUGACAAAGUAUCUUAGUCUGUUGGUGCGCAAAGACUGCAGGCUGGCCGAGCCUCUGCCUGAACUUAAAGCGUAGGUAAUUGCCCUAGUAAUCGUUCCACAUCAGACACGGAAAGACACGGAAAGAUGAGAACGAAGAAGGAAAGUGGCUGGCUUCUUCUACCCCCACAGAAGCAACAGAAGAGUCGUUCCCGGGGAGAGUGGAAGACGUUAGUUUAUCAGGACGCUAAACAACGCGUUUCAUUUUACGAUAGUGAUGUCUACUUUAGUUAUUGUUAUAGGCUCGUGCCAAAAUACUUACCAUGGCUCUCCCAAACUCGCCCUGAUAUUCCACCAAAGCGGGCCACAAUGGCACGGUCAAACAAAAUAUCAGAGCCUAAUAAUGUGUUUUGAUAUACAAAGAAGUAGGCAUAUUCUCAGCAACAUUUAUUGCCCGAUGAGUUAAUAAGGUUUCCUUGAUCUAUUAAAUUUGCGACUUUUCGACUUAUAUCUAAGCAUAGUUAUCCACAUAACGCACAGACAAAAGAUACAGUAUGCUUUGAUAUGCAGUUUUGUUUUUUGACAGUAAUAAAAAAACUGUUUCUUUUAAAAUUUCUUGAUGUGGUCUACACAACGAGCGACACAACGCAAAACGUUUAUAAAUGGAAUCGAAAGGUAAAAACAAAACUUUACAGGCAUUAGAAAGAUUUAGAACAUAUAGGCACUGGAGGUAUUUAAA